GAGAGAGAGAGAGAGCGAGCGUGUGUGUUUGUGCGAGUGUAUGCGCGUGCGUGCGUGCGCGCGCGCUGUCAUUAUUGCUAUCCAGUCUGCUCCGCGCUCGCGAUGGCCAGAUUCAUUUCGCGUGAGGCAGGAAGGCAGCAGAGCUGUCCCGCUCCCGCUCCGGUUUCCGCUCCUGCUUCCUCACGCGCUCCGGUUCCGGUUCCGUGCAGCCUGUUCGCGCCUGGCCCCGGGGCAGCACCAAGCCCACAGCCGCUCCUCUUCCUGCUCCUCCUCCCCUACCAGCACCAGGUUCUUCCCGAACCCAUGAACGGCUCCGAGUCCAUCUCCAUCCACCCGGAGAACGGCACCAUGAAAGACCAAGACGCGAUCAAACUGUUUAUCGGGCAAAUCCCGCGCAACCUGGAGGAGAAAGACCUGAAGCCACUGUUCGAACAGUUUGGGAAAAUCCACGAACUGACAGUGUUAAAGGACCGAUACACCGGCAUGCACAAAGGUUGUGCGUUCCUCACCUACUGUGCCCGCGAGUCAGCCAUCAAAGCCCAGAAUGCCCUCCAUGAACAGAAGACGCUGCCAGGGGUAUUCCACUGUUGGAUUACCCCUCACUAUUCUCCCUAAUUUGGUCACCAGCUAAUGCCCUCUCACCAGCCAGCUCUCCCCAAUCAUACAACAGCUACCAAUCGGAGAGGGUGAAGGGUAACACAUGCUUCCUCCAAGACAAGUGAA